AUGGAAACAUUACUCAUCACUGAAGAUAGUUUCUGUCACGGUCAGUUCGUGCUUUUUGUUGAGGUCGAUAGCAGCGCCCGUGUAGAAGUAUAUCCAUUGCAUAUACCUGAUGAGCGAAAGCCACAAAGGGCUGCACCUCAACUGAGGCAACAAGUUCCAGAACAGUUUCAGCAGCAGCAACUUCAACUCCAGCUCAGACAGCAGCGUGAGCGGGAGCAACAAUUACAGCAGCAUCAAGUUCAGGAAACUAGUCAGCGUCAAGUCACCCAACGACGGGAAUCGCCACCUGAACGCCGGCAGCUUCCACAACAACAACCAUACUAUCAGACUUCACAAUCGCAACAACAAGUUCGAUUACAGCAGCAGCACCAACAACAACAACAGCAGCAGCAACUUGAGCAACAGCGUCGAGAGUAUCUCGAAGAACAUCAGCCAAUAAGACAUAUCGCACAGCAGCCACAGUACGCUCAGCAGGGUUAUCAGCAGCGUCAAAUUAAGCAAGCCACAUAUCAACAGAUUCGUGAAAGGUCCUCACCCCCACCCGUUCAGCAGCCGCGUUAUCAACAGCAAGCUGAAUACCAAUACGUUCAGACUCAAGAGCGUUAUUACCCGCAACAGCAGCAACAAGAACGACAGCAGUCGUACGAUUACUACCAAAGGCCUUAUCAAUAUCAUACGAGAGACGCUGAUCCACAUUAUCAGCAGUACGCUCAACAAGUUUCGCCUCCACAGCAGUAUCGCGUUCGUGAGCCUCCGUCACCAGCACAACUGAAUUAUCAACAAAAAUAUCAGCAGCAGUAUCAGUUGCACAAUCCAAAUCAAUAUCAACGACGUUACUACGAUCAAGCAGCAGAAAAUCAAGAAGAGAAUUACUAUAAAAUGCAUGUCCUUCAACGAAAACCGCUCCAUCAACAGCAACAAGCAGUAGUCACUAGCCCACCAAAUCUCGCUGCUCGAAGUGCACGAGCACAACAAGCAGCCGCAAUGGUGCCCGGCAUGAAACCACCUCAAUUUAUCGGUGUACCUGCUUCUACAACCGUUAAAUUCGGACAAUCAGUGACAUUUACGGCAAAAGCAACUGGCCAUCCGUUACCUGAAAUUCGAUGGUACCGUUCGAGUGGUGCAGAAAUAGAAUCAGUUGGUCGUUUCAACGUGAACAAUUUCAUGGAUGGAACGUCAACACUUAAGAUUGAGCAGUGUUCAACGGCAGAUGCAGAUGCUUAUUUAUGUGUCGCCAGUAACGAUGGCGGAGCCGUACAGACCCGAUGUUCGCUGACUGUAAUCGAAGGCAGUGGUGCUACAAAACCUGAAUUUCUUGGCAAGUUCCAGUCAGUGACUAUUUUCGAAGGAGAUUCUCUGAAAUUAUACUGCAAGGCUAGUGGAGAAGGCAUCAAGAUGUCAUGGUUCAAAGAUGAUGUACCUAUAAAGACAGGCGGAAUUUUUAAAGUUGAAGACCAUGGAAAUGGUGAGACAAUAUUACACAUCGAUGGCGCAAAAAUGUCCGAUGGAGGAUGGUACCGAUGUGAUGCGUCAAAUCCACAAGGCUCAUCAUCGUUGAAAGGUCGAGUUGUAGUGCAAUCGCGACGUAAGCAUCCCUCUCCAUCGCCUAUCGAACAGGUCAUUCUAAGGAAGGUUGAUCGACGAGUUAUGAGAGAUGGAAGGCUAUCUGAAGAGCCACGUGCCCCAUCAAAAGAAGCACCAAAGCUAGUUGCCUCUUUUCCCACUAUGAAUCUCAUCGAAGGUCAAACGGCUCGUUUCGAGUGCAGAAUAACGCCUGCAGAUGAUCCAAAUCUCAAAAUUGCAUGGCUCCUUAACGGGAAGGCAAUUCUCGCAAGUACUCGAAUAACGACUAUUGUGGAAGGUGGUUAUGCAGUGCUUGAGAUCAGUCCUGUGACCGUUUUCGAUAAGGGAGAAUAUACGAUUGUCGCUGUGAAUACCCUCGGUGAAUCAAGGCAGUCUGUACAUUUGGACGUCAUCGGUUUGUUCUGUUCCAUUCAUACAUUGAUCAAUCCCACACCAAGACCAAUCGCCAAAUAUGUUGAAGGUCAUCGCUCCGUUACGGAUGUAUCGACAUUGACAAAUAUAACCAACCUGCAAGCACAACAGCAACUGACACAAGUACAAGAAGCAGAGAGACUGACCCGAAUGGGUACCACUGUACAGACCACUGCCGGUCACUUGAUUGAAAUACCGAAUUUCCAUUCGGAACUGCGAUCGAUGGAGAUAUUUGAUGGACAAAACCUACACUUAGAAGCUAAACUAUCGCCAGCAAAUGAUCCAAACCUGAAGAUUGUUUGGCUGUUCAAUGGCAAGAUAAUAACGCAAAGUGAACGUAUCAAAAUAACGCACGGACACGGAUUUGUCACUUUGGAUAUCAUUGGAAUUACCGUAGCUGAGGCUGGCACAUAUGUAUCAAAUUUGUACGAUUUACAGCUAAGCGACUUUCAUUGCGACCAGGAAAUGGGUCGUUCAUGUUUCGAAGCCCGUAUGACUCCAAUCAAUGAUCCAUCAUUGAGAGUUAUUUGGUUGAAAGAUGGACAAGGACUUCCAAAUGCCACUCGCAUUCAGACUUUCCAAAACUUCGGUUGCGUUUCACUGACACUCAAUCCAACGUAUCCAGAAGACGCUGGUACAUAUACGUGUGUUCUAAGAAAUGCUUAUGGUGAAGCGCAAAGUUCUGCACACUUGACGACAGUUUGGUCGGACAGUUUACAGACGGACACUAAACACGAAGAGUCGCUGGCUCAGAUUGGAUAUCUCGACAGUUAUAAGGUGCAUAUCGGUCCGCAAGCAGUUGAACGACCGGAAGAGUUUAAUAGUAUGCAGCCACCUCGAUUUGCACGUCAACUCGCCAGUCGUGUGGAAGUAAACGAAAAUGAACCCGUUCAUUUUGAAGCACGAGUGCAACCGGCAAGUGAUGUCAAAAUGGCUGUUGAAUGGUAUCACAAUGGUGCACCGCUCACUGCGGCACAUCGUUUCCGACCGAUGUUCGACUUUGGCUACGUGGCACUCGAUAUCUUGUAUGCAUAUCCUGAGGAUUCAGGCACCUAUACUUUAGUGGCUCGGAAUGAACUCGGUGAAGUACAAUCAAACCUCGAAUUAAUCGUCAACUCUCAGAAAUCACUUUACCUGGAUGCAAAUCAUCCAGAAGCUUCUCUCACGCAUACGAAGCAGGUUCAUUUUGAAGGAUUGGAAAGAAUUCGCGAACUCGAGCAGGAUCGAAUGAAGCCAUUGGAACAGCCACCAGAUCGUGAAUGCCAUAAUCCACCGAACUUUAUCGGUGAUUUGAAUGAUAUGGAGCUAAGCGAACACGAAGAUAUUCGUGUCUCAUUGAAGUUGAUACCCGUGAAUGAUCCAACAAUGGUUGUCGAAUGGUACUUGAACGGUCAACCACUUUUGACUGGUUCACGUAUAAGAACUACAAAUGAUUUCGGUUUCUUAACAAUGGAUAUUCGUGGUGCAAUUUCCGAGGAUUCAGGUGUUUACACUGUGAAAGCUACGAAUGCACUUGGUGAAGCCAGCAGACAGUGUCAAAUCGUUGUGAAACCGCACGCUGUUGUACAAUCGCAAACGCAACACGAAGAAAGCUUGAAUAAAAUUCAAGAAAUCGAGAACUUGAAUAAGUAUGGAAGAGCAGAAAUUGAAGAUCAACAACCACAGGGACCACCACAAUUCAUCCAGAUGUUACCGGGUAAUAUUGGAGAAGUGGAAGAAGGUCAACCGUUACACAUGGAGUGUCAAGUAAGACCAAUUGGUGAUAAUACGUUGACGAUUUCAUGGCUUAAAGAUGGACACCCAAUUCCAACCGGACAUCGUUUCCGAACAUUCCACGAUUUCGGUUACGUUUCAUUGGACGUUCUCGACGUGUACGCUCCAGAUUCUGGUACAUACACAUGUAUAGCGAAGAACGCUCUUGGUCAAGCGGAAACCUCGCUGAGCUUCUCUUGCAAGGCAAAAGCUGCCAUAGUUGGUCAGACCCAUCAUCCAACUAGUGUAGCUCGAAUUCAAGAGAUUGAGGCACCAAAAGCAGCGCCCGCCGAAAGUCCUGAACUGCAAAAAGAGUCGCCACGUUUCAUAAAGCCAUUGAGUGAUGGACAAAUGGUGUAUGUGACCGAAGGUGACAGCGUCUUCCUUGAGGCACAAGUUGUUCCGACUGAUGACAACACAAUGACGUACGAAUGGCUUCUCAACGAUCGUCCUCUGAUGAAGGCACAUCGUUUCGUAUUGAGUCAUGACUUUGGAUUUGUGGCACUGAAUAUUCUUUAUAUGUAUCCUGAAGAUAGUGGCACGUACACACUGAUUGUGCGGAAUGCAGCCGGCGAAGCACGAUCCACGAUGGACAUUGACUGUGCUGUGAAAGGACAUAUGAUAACCGAAUCUUUCCAUCCGAAUUCGAUUCAACGCAUUCGUGAACUCGAAAUGCCUUUGCAACCGCCAGACGAACGACCUGAAGCGCCACGAAUGGCUCCGCAAAUCGUUAGAGCUUUGCCACAGCAAAUGGACAGUGUUCAUGAAAGUCAAACACUUCAUUUGGAGGCUCAAAUUCUUCCCGUGGACGACAACAAGUUGAAGGUGGAAUGGUUGCAUAAUGGUCAUCCACUGAAGGCAAGCAGUCGUUACAGACUAAUGAACGAUUUUGGCUUUGUUUCACUCGACAUUGAUUAUAUUAUCGCUGAAGAUUCUGGAACUUACACUCUCGUGAUCACAAAUCCAGAAGGCCGAGCUGAAACCAGUACCCAGUUUGACGUUAUUCGUUUACAAUCGAUUGUCGGCGAUAGCAGUCAUCCAGAGAGCUUACGUCGUAUCCAGGAAAUUGAGGCGAUGCAACCGGCGAAGCCUGAGGAAGAAGAAUAUGUUCCUGAAGUACCCGUCUUUACACAACCGCUCACUGGCCCAUCCGAAAUUCUGAAAGAAGGACAAUCAGUCCAUAUGGAUUGCAUGGUACAACCAAUCACUGAUCCGAAUCUCAAGAUCGAAUGGUUCCUCAACGGUCACCCGAUUUUGUUCGGUUCGAGGAUUCGUACAAUUCACGAUUUUGGAUACGUUGGUCUGGAAUUCUUGCACGUACAUCCCGAAGAUACAGGAACGUACACAUGUAAAGCUAGCAAUGCUGCUGGAGAAGCGAUUACCGAAUUUGCUUUCGAAUGCAAACCUCGCAGAAACAUCUAUUUGGACACGCAACACGUUGAGUCAUGGGCUCAAAUUCAAGAACUUGAGAAUCGUGAAGAAGUCAGACCGCCUACACCUGAUCAGGUCUUCCCACCACCAACCUUCACUGAGCCUUUACAAAACGUCGAAGGACUGGUUGAAGGUGAGAGCGUACGACUGGAAUGUCGCCUGCAGCCAGUUAAUGACCCUACUUUGAAGGUGUAUUGGACAGUCAAUGGACAACCAAUUCCAGAAGGAAGUCGUUUUAUGCCGGCACGAAACUUUGAUUACGUGAACUUGGAUCUUUUGGCAGUUUACCCGGAGGAUUCGGGAGUGUAUUCAUGCCGAGCAGUCAGCGAAUUCGGUGAAGCGACUACAUCGUGUACCGUCAAGUGUCAACCAACGGAUGCGCUUAUGCUGGAUACGCAACACGAAGAAUCAUGGAACCAAAUACAGGAUAUCGAAAACCGACGACCCGAAGAGCCGAUCUAUGAGGAGCCUGAAAAAAUGCCACCUCGUUUUGUUGUGCAAUUGCCUUCUCAACUCGGAGAUUUCGACGAAGGUGCACCGGUUCACUUUGAAGCACAGAUUGAACCUACAAAUGACAACAAAUUGACUGUUCAAUGGUACCACAAUGGUCAUCCAUUGGUUAAUGCUCAUCGUUUUCGCACGACGCAUGAUUUCGGUUAUGUGGCUCUGGAUAUUCUCUACGCAUUCCCCGAGGACAGCGGCGAAUGGACGUGCCUUGUGAAGAAUGAACUCGGUGAAGCGCAAUCGUCCACGUCGUUCAGUGUGGCCGGAAAAGCCGUAAUCCUUGGUGAAACGCAGCAUCCAGAAAGUUUGCGAAGAAUCAAGCAAAUUGAGGCACCCAAAGAACAGCCUCCAGAGAUGCCGGAACUCAAGCACGGUCCCCCACAAUUCGUUGAACCGAUGAAUUCGGUCGAGAGAAUUGAAGGACAACCAGUGCAUUUUGAAACAAGGGUAUUGCCAGUUAACGAUCCGAAAAUGCGUAUUCAGUGGUACAAAGAUGGUGCACCACUACAAAAUAGUAACAGAUUCAAUCAUACAUCAGAUUUUGGUUUUGUCGGCUUGGAUAUUGCUUAUACAAUCCCCGAAGAUGCAGGCAACUAUACGGUUGUUGCAACAAACGAUCAAGGUGAAGACCGAAUCGAUGCGCAACUCUCUGUGAAUAGCAGAUCUGCAAUUCUUGGCGAUUCACAAAAUCAGAGUAGCUGGGAGAAGAUUCGUAUUUUGGAGGAACCGAAAAAGAAAGUGGAAGCAGAACCUGAAAUGGUUGUGGGUCCACCACAUUUCAUCACUCAACUCAACUCAAUCACCGGUCUUAUUGAGGGACAACCGGCUCAUUUCGAAGCUACUUUCGAGCCAAUCAGCGAUCCUCGAAUGGUCAUUGUUUGGUACCACAAUGGACAUCCUUUGGCUGCAUCUAGUCGUAUGACAAUGCGCAACGAUUUUGGCUUAGUAACGCUCGAUAUUCACUAUGUUCUUCCCGAAGACAUUGGUGAAUUCAAAUGCGUUGCAACCAACCAAAAAGGUGAAGAUUCAACGAGCGCACAGCUACAAUGUCAAACAAGAGCGAGCAUCUUGGGUGACGUGCAACACGAAGAAAGCUGGAAACGUAUUCAGGCGAUCGAAGCACCAAAGGCUGCUCCAGCUGCACCUGAGCCUACAGUUUAUGCAAAACCAACGUUCACGCAGCCACUGCAGAGUAUUGCCGAUGUACCGGAAGGCGGAAUCGCUCUACUACAAGCUAGAGUUGUUCCAGUCAACGAUCCUAAUCUGCAAAUACUUUGGUUCCACAACGAUGCUCCCUUGCAACAGAGCAAUUGGUAUACGAUGACCAAUGACUUCGGUUGCGUAGGACUACGAAUCGCCCCUGUUUAUCCACACCACAGUGGCGUCUACUCUUGCAAAGCUGUGAACCAACAAGGCACUGCCAUAACAAGCGCAUCGUUGUCCGUGAUAGGAGAGGAGAGUCUGCAAAUGGACACGCAACAUCCAGAUUCACUCCAAAAGAUUCAACAGUUGGAAUCUCUUGAUAAAUUCCCACGUCUUGAGAUGCCCGAAAUGGAAUUUGACAAACCCGUAUGGGUACAGUCAUUCGAUAACAUCGACGACCUACCAGAAGGUGAAAUUGUCCACCUUAGCGGCAAUGUUGAGCCAUCCGGUGAUCCAAAUAUGAAAAUCGAAUGGUUCCUCAAUGGAGCACCACUAAUGAACUCGAAUCGCUAUCGCCAAGAGUAUGAAUUCGGCAAUGUAACGUUAACAAUCGUUCAUGUACUUCCACAAGAUUCUGGAUUGUAUACUUGCAAAGCAAUCAACCGAUCUGGUGAUGCAUCAACCAGUGCUACUGUCAAAGUUGCUGGAUACGAAGCUAUUUUGCGCGAUACCCAACAUCCAGUAUCAUGGGAACAAAUCCAAGUUCUUGAAACACCUAUUGUACCUGAAGAAGUCGAAGAGGUGGUCGAGAAGGAAAAACCAAGAUUCCUUUCGCAGCUUGAAUCAUUCACUGACAUUCCUGAAGGUGAAGUUGUUCAUCUCGAAGCGACAUUCCAACCAGCUCGAGACCCAGAUCUCAAGGUGAUUUGGUUGAGAAACGGACAACCAUUAGGUGCAAGCCAGCUGAUUAAGACACGUAGUGAAUUGGGAUGGGCUGCACUUGAUAUCAACGGUGUCAAUUUGGAUCAUAAUGGCAUCUACACACUGAAGAUUGUCAAUAGUGAAGGAGAGGCUGCGUCAUCUGCUUCAAUCAAGGUGGCUGGCGUCGGCGACGUAUUGACAGAUACAAGUCAUGAAGAGUCGUGGAGAAGAAUCCAAGAGAUUGAAGCACCAAAAGAGAUGCCUGAAGAAGCACCCGCACCCGUAUAUGAUGCACCAUCCAUUCAAACGCAAAUCGUCGACUUGGAGUGUAACGAAGGAGAACCAUCGCACUUCGAGGCAGUUAUUACUCCGACAAAUGAUCCACGUCUUGUGGCCGUAUGGUACCGCAAUGGUCAACCACUAGCUCAUGGCUCUAAAUAUGCCAUCUCACAAGAUUUCGGUUUCUGUACCCUCGACAUCGGCUACACCUUCCCAGAAGACCAGGGUAUUUAUCAACUUCGUGUCACCAAUGAAAACGGCGAAGCAGUAUCAAGUGCAACGCUGAAGUGCCAUGGUAAGGAUGCAAUUCUUGGUGAUACCCAGCAUGAAGAAUCAUGGCGAAGAAUCCAGGAAAUUGAAGCACCCAAAGCUCCAGUUCCCGAGAUGGCACCAGCACCCAAAACACCACCGAAGUUUAUCACUCAAAUACAAAACAUACAUGAUCUCUACGAAGGUCAACCGGCUCACUUCGAAGCAACCGUUGAACCCAUUGACGAUGCAGAUCUUAAGAUUCACUGGUACUUGAACGGUGCACCUGUGACAGCAAGUUCACGAGUGAAGAUGAUUAGCGAUUUUGGUUGGAUCAUUCUGGAUAUCAAUCAGACUGAACCUCGAGACUCGGGCGAAUGGACUUGCGUGGCCGUAAAUUCAGCAGGUGAAGCGAAGUGCUCAGCAACAGUGAAUGUAUUAGGUCGCGAGAACAUUGUAUUUGAUUCGAUUCAGCCGCAGAGCUUGCAGAGAAUCCGUGAAAUCGAGGCUCCCAAAGCGAUGCCCGAGGAGGCACCAACCAAGGUGUACGGAGCACCAAAAAUCAGUGUACAAUUGCAAAGUCCUCCAAAUCUAUCAGAGGGCGAUAGUGCACAUCUGGAAGCUCAGUAUACGCCUGUUGAUGAUCCUACGCUUAAAGUGGAAUGGUUCCGCAAUGGUCAACCAUUAUACCACGCCAAUCGCUACAAGAUGGUGCAAGACUUUGGUUUUGCUAUACUCGAUAUUCUACAUCUCUUUGCUCAGGAUGCUGGCGAAUACACAAUGAAAGUGAGUAAUGACGCCGGUGAAGCGGUUUCAUCAGCUGUGCUAGAUAUUGCUGUGAAAGAAAAUCUACUGCUACAACCUCAGGAUGAAGGUAAGGCUCGUGCUGUACAGAAACUCGAAGAUGCAUUGCAUCGUGCACCAGAAGAAGCGGUUGUGGAUGAGCAAAAAACAGUGCCCGUUUUUAUCGAGCCUCUCUCGGCUCCGGUCAGUUGCGAAGAAGGUGACCGAGUACAUUUCUCGGCACGAUACGAACCUCUCAAUGACAAUCAACUACAGAUUCAGUGGUUCUUAAACGGAAAACCGUUGAAGAUCAGUAGCAGGGUGAAGUCGAUCAGUGACUUUGGUUUUGUUGUGCUCGAAAUUUCACCAACGUAUCCUGAAGAUUCUGGCGAGUACACAUGUCGCGCAAUCAAUCGAAUUGGUGAAGCAGUUACAAGUACUCAACUUACCUGUUCGCCAAAACAGAAGAUUAUCACCAGUUCACAGUUGCCUGAGAGUAUGUCUGGCGCACAACGGCGUAUCGUUGAAAUCGAAGCACCAAAACCAAGUGCACCUGAGAAGCCGGACAUUGAGCAUGGACCACCACGUUUCGUCACUCAACUUCAGAACCUACCGGAUCUAAUCGAAGGACAAGUGGCACAUCUGGAAGCACAAGUAGAACCAGUUGCUGAUCCACGUUUGAAGAUUGAAUGGUUCCACAACGGACAUCCAGUCAAGCAAACCGCUCGAAUGAAGAACAUUCACGAUUUUGGUUUCGUUGUCAUGGAACUUUCACCGGUUGAGCCGCAAGAUUCUGGUAAAUGGGUGUGCAAAGCAACCAACUCGAAAGGAACUGCCGAAACAUCCAGUGAUAUUCAGGCAAUUAAUUUGAACUUGAAUAUUGUUUUAUUCUUCUCAGUUUAUUCUGAUGAUAUUUAUGGUACACGAAGAGAUGUAACACUUGAUCAUUUUCAGGUGAAAGGAACAAGCGGUGUCUCAUAUGACUGGUUGAGUCCGGCUGAACGGAAAGAACGUAUAACGCAACUAGAGGAAUGGAUUCAUAGACCAACUGAGGGUCUUGAUCAGCCACAACAAGAGUAUGAAGCACCACACUUCACUCAGGACUUGCAGGACUUAGGCCAGAUGAACGAAGCAGAUGCGACAGCGUUCACAUGUAUUCUUGAGCCAAUUGGAGAUCCAACACUGCGGAUUGAAUGGUUCCAUAAUGGACACGCGAUUCCAUAUUCCAAUCGAAUUCAUAUGACAAACGAUUUUGGUGUCUGUACACUUUUGAUCAAGCAUUUGAUCACUCAGGAUACUGGCGAAUACAAGUGUGUCGCACGUAAUGCAAAAGGUCAAGCCGAAACUGUCGGUCGAAUCAAUGUCUCCUCAGCAAUUCAGAUCGAUUCUCCGCAAAUCCUUCAACCGCUUGUUGAUAAGAUCGAUGAUAUUCCGGAAGGUGAUUCGGUUCAUUUGGAAUGCAGAGUGGCACCAAUAAACGAUUCAAACCUAUCCAUAAAGUGGUACAAGAAUGGUGCACCUCUACCGGAAGCGUCACGUUUCAAACCGUCAUUGGAAUUCGGAUUUGUGACACUGGACAUUCUCUAUGCGUAUCCGGAGGACAACGGAGUCUACGAAUGCGUUGUUGUGAACGAUAAGGGUGAAACACGCACAAAGACAACCAUCAAUGUAGUACCGAAACCGUCGCUUGAAUUCGGUCCACAAGCGCCAGGUGCCGAUAUUGAUAGCAUUGAGAGUCAUCUUCGUCAGCAUACGAUGUCAGCGCUUGUUCUCUCCAAAGAAGACGCUUACGAUGAGAAAGCGCAACGUCCACCCGAAUUUAAGAUCCAAAUGACGAAUGUGGGCGUUGAGGAAGGAGAAUAUUGCCGAUUUGAAACGCAACUCGCGCCUGUUAAUGAUCCUUACAUGAAGGUCGAAUGGUUCAAAGAUGGAAAACCAGUUCUUCUUGGUCAUCGUUUCCGAUCAACUGUUGACUUCGGUUUCGUUUGUUUAUCGAUUCUAUACGCGCUACCGGAUGAUACUGGCGAAUAUACUUGUGUUGCAACGAAUCGUUUUGGUCAAGGAGUUUUGACUGCCAAACUGGCGUGCUCAGGCUCUAAACAUAUCAUCACUGAAACGCAAUUGCCACAAGGCGUUCUCGUAUCGGACGUUAAAAAUCUUGGUGAACAACUCUAUUGGUCAGAGCAAAUCAAAGUGGAACAAGGUCGUGCUAAGCAAGCACCUCAAUUCACUAUCCGACCCAGAAAUACGCAAGCCAUCGAAAAUGAACCGGCCCGGUUCGAAUGUGCCGUCGUUGCUAAUCCGAAAGCAAAGGUCAUUUGGUACAUAAACGGCAACCAAGCGAUUCAGGGUCAUCGUUACAAACUGCAUUAUGACGGUGUCUACUAUUUGACCAUUUCGAAUACGAGAAUUUCGGAUGCUGGAGAGAUCGUGGUUAUCGCAAAGAAUUCAGAGGGAGAGAUGAUGGCAUCAGCAAUACUGGAUGUAUUCCAGAAGAAAGACUUCCGUCAGCUGAAGCUGAAACCAACGUCAUUCAAAACAAUCGAAGAGUUACAACAAAGAGAAAUCAGUUGGCAGAAGGAAACGUUGGGUAAGUUAGGCGAAGCAUUCGAAAGUGCUCCUCGUCCUGAUCAGCAAAAAUUGAGGAAGGUUGAACGAGCCCAUUCGCCUAUUGAACCGCUAGAAAGCGAGGAACUAAUGGGCAAGUUCACUCGACCAAAAGAUGAUCAAUUCUACGAUCAAUUGACAUAUGUAAGAACAGUAGAGACAGCAAAACCAACAUUUAAAGGUAUGGAGCUGCCUUCAGUUGCACUUAAACCUGGACAAAUCUCGAAAUAUGAGCCGCCGAAAGAGGCGAUGGAAAGUGUUCAGUUGAAGCAGAUACCUAAAACCGAAAAGCCGUCCAUCCCGACUGGCGCUGCAGUACCGCAACCAUCAUGGGCAACCGACAAAAAACUGGGCGAUGUUGAAGGAAGAUUCAAUCGUAUGGCUGAGCCUGAGAAAAGAAGCGAACUCCCAGCUAGAGACCAAAUUCAUUUGAAGGCUGCAAAACCGAAUCCUCCAACCGAAAUUGGACACGUUGAAAUUGAGAAGGACAAAGCGAAAUUGGCUCCUGUUGUGCAAGGACCAGAAGUACCUAAAGAGGUAUCAGUACCUGCCAAAGAUCAAGUGCAAAUCAAGCAGAAGUUCCACACAAAGGUGAUCAAACCAUCGGAAGCACCAACUAUAGAAAGCGAACCUCUCAAGGAUAUUCCACCAGUUGUCAAAGGUUGUGUUUUAAUUCACGUUCAGCAUCGAGUUCUCUAUCAAACUUAUCGUGAACAUGUUGAACACUCAACAAUCGAAAUCAAUAUUAACGAUCCUGAUACAGACGGUAGCGAUACUAAAACGACACGUUUCGAUUACAGUCCACGACGCGCCGAGCGAGUUAUCGGAUACCAUAUCAUUCGUGUAUGCACAUCGUUUCCUCAACCAACAAAGAUGGGUCAGACACAUAAGCCUCCGCCUCAAGUCACGCAACAGUUGAAGCCGGUUCAAGUGGACCUCGGCCGAAAUGCGCGAUUCUUCUGUGGAUUCGAUGGUGCACAUCCGAUGACUGUCACUUGGCUAAGAGAUGGAAAGGAAAUUAAACCAAGCUUCGAGUUCCAGGUGAACACAACAAAUACCGGAUCAACACUGUCCAUUUCGAAGUUGAAACCAGAAUAUUCGGGUGAAUAUGUGUGUCGUAUCGAAAAUGUUGCCGGUACGGUUGAAUCAAUGGCCAAUCUGACCGUUGCUAAACCAGUUGAUCGUGGAAUAGCGCCCAGUUUCAAACAACGAAUCAACGAUUUAAGGAUUCAGCAAAAUUCACCGUCAGUGUUCACAUGUGUUGUUGCUGGAACACCAGAGCCAUCAACCAGUUGGUUCAAGGAUGGGAAACAACUACCAAACGAUGGUCGAUAUCAAAUCAUACAGGAUGGUGAGAAGCAUUCGUUGAGACUCACCGAUACCCUGCCACAGGAUGGAGGUGUUUAUGAAUGUGUCGCAAAGAACGCGGCUGGAGAGGCUAGGUGCAAGGCUCGUUUGAAUAUUAUCCUAGCGACAACCGGUCAAGGAGCCGAAGUAGGACCACGACUGGAAGCACCACGUUUCCAGUCCCAAAUUCAACCGGUCAUAGCUCAGGAAGGCGGACCAGCCGAGUUCCGGAUCAAAUACACAGGAUCACCUGAUCCUGUGAUUCGAUGGUACCGUAAUAACGAACCAGUCAAGGAGAGUAAAUUCCUUACGUUAACGCAAGCACAUGGUGAGGCGGUGUUCCGCAUCAGCCAAUGCUAUCACGAAGAUGUUGCUGAAUACAAAGUUGAAGCAUCCAAUCCAGCUGGUAAAGCAAUAAGCGUGGCUAACCUGACAUUAUCACCGAAAACUGGAGCUGCUCGCCAAGUUAUUGCUACCAAAACUGGUGCCAAAGCAGGUCCCCCUCAGCCACCACCAAAAACAAAACCGCUAUCUGGAUCGCCGCAAUUCAUCUCAAAACUUUCUGAUAUUACCGCUCGACCUGGACAUACGGUAAAGUUUGUCGCUGAAAUUUCUGGUGAUCCACAACCAAGUGUGGCGUGGCAAUUCAAUGGAAAGCCAAUCUAUAAUGGUCGUGACCAUAAGAUUUCAUUGGUGGGUAACAAAGCGACAUUGGAAAUUCAACGAAUUGCAAUGGCGAACGCUGGCAACUACUCUAUAACUAUUCGAAACGCAAUGGGAGCUGCACAAUGCCAAGCAAAACUUACCAUUCAGACCAGAUAA